UUCCAGCCUCGCUCUAUUCAAACAAGGGUUCGAGCAGCUCAACACCCCGUCAAAUAUGAGGUCGAAGUUGCCAAUUGACAUGUUCUACACGUUCGAUAACUAAAACCCUGUAAACCCCGCGAAAUCUGGAACUGUAGUCAGUGAGUAGUUCAUGUCUGUGGUUCCAACAAGUGGUUCUAACUUCGAAAGACCCUUCAAAAAGUCAUAAUGAGUUUGUGGGUUGAUAAAUACCGUCCGACAUCGCUUUCUAAACUCGAUUUUCACAAGGAUCAAGCAGCAAACCUCAGAAAACUGGUACAAGGAGGAGACUUUCCUCAUCUGCUGAUCUAUGGCCCAUCAGGAGCAGGCAAGAAGACAAGAAUCAUGUGCACUCUCAGGGAGCUGUAUGGAUCAGGUGUUGAAAAACUACGCAUUGAACAUCAGAGCUUCACAACUCCAUCCAAAAAGAAGAUUGAGGUAUCAACAAUAGCAAGCAACUAUCAUAUCGAGGUUAAUCCCAGUGACGUAGGGAUUUAUGAUCGAGUUGUCAUUCAAGAACUUUUGAAGACAGUGGCACAGACACAACAGCUAGACUCUUCAACACAGAAAGAUUUCAAAGUGGUUGUGCUGACAGAAGUUGACCGCUUGACCAAAGAUGCACAGCAUGCACUGAGACGUACAAUGGAGAAGUACAUGGCCACAUGUCGCCUCAUUCUGUGCUGUAACUCCACCAGUAAAGUCAUCCCGGCUAUUCGCAGUAGAUGUCUAGGAAUAAGAGUGGCAGCGCCCUCUGUUGAUGAGAUUUGUCAGAUUCUUCAGACAACUUGUCGUAAGGAGGGUCUGACCCUGCCUGCCCAGCUUGGCAAACGCAUCGCUGAGAAAUCAGACAGGAACCUCAGAAGGUCAUUACUGAUGUGUGAGGCGUGCAAAGUGCAGCAGUAUCCCUUCAGCGAGAACCAGGAGAUACCAGUUCCCGAUUGGGAAGUAUUCUUGCGUGAGACAGCCAAUGCAAUCGUCCAAGAGCAGACACCACAACGCCUGAUGCAGGUCAGAGGUCAAUUGUAUGAGCUUCUAACCCAUUGCAUUCCACCUGACAUCAUCAUGAAGGGCCUUUUAAAAGAGCUGAUAAGUAAUUGUGAUGGGCAGCUCAAGUCCGAGAUCACUCAGGUUGCGUCCUUCUAUGAGCAUCGCCUUCAGCUCGGCUCCAAACCCAUCUAUCAUCUGGAAGCAUUCGUUGCUAAAUUCAUGAGCAUCUACAAACGCUUCCUGGAAGAAGGAUUUGAUGAUAUGGCAUUUUGAAUCAAAAUAAAAACAUAUAUGGAUAGGAAACUAGGUGCCAAGACCUGUUCAUAAUUCAGGCAAACUUUACAAGGAAACUUUGCAAGCAAAGCAAUUUUCCUUGCGUCACAUUAAAUAACAAGUGCGUAUGUGACCGUUUCCAUCACAUAGUUUGCUUUAAAGUAUGAAUGAAGCUAAAGCCAGGAUUAAGAAAAAGGGAGUCCACAUUAACUAUGUAUUAAAAAACAAAAAUGGGGCGUCCAAUCUUUUUUGUUUGGAUACUAUCGUUGUAUAUAUUCAGCGCCUUGAGUACCUUGUUGGUAGAUACGUGCGCUAUAUAAGACUUUGAUAUUAGUUGGAAGAAAUAGAGAAGUUGACAUAAUAUAGCUGUAUGUAGACCUUAUCCAGCCACAAUCUUAGAGGUAAACCAUUGAUGAAACGAUGAAAAGGCAAAGAUUUGUAUGCACUGCGCAUAGGGUUGCACUGAUACUUUGCCUGUCAGAGGGAAUCCCUCCUAAUGUUCCCGUGUUCCUACUAUAAACAAUAAUUUUUGAGAUGAUAGAAGGUUAAAUUACACACAAAGAGAUGCUAGCUUUGGAGCGGGAACUAGCAUAAAUCCAGAGUGUGCAACAAGUAUAAUGUAUUGCACCAAAUGUUGUUAUAAGGGCAUGGUUCAUACUUCUACUUAUUGCAAGAAACUUUAGUUUUGGACUUGCCUUUCACCAUGUUUGGCUCCAGGGUUCAUGACACUGUAACUAUCCGUCUUCAUUCCUGAACAGUAAAACAAUAGGUUAAAUUACACAAAAACAUGCCAGCCUUUGGAGCUGAAAGUAGCAAAAAGCUAUAAGGGACCAACCAAAGUUUUCAAAAAAUUUCAGGUCAUAUAGAGAGAAUUACUUUUGAGGACCCCCCCCCCAAAAAAAAAAAAGUACUGGUAGUCCUUAUCAAAAACAUUCUUUCAAAACUGAGGCACAUUAUUUAAAUAUCAACAUUUUACACACCUGUUAAAGUCAUACAUGGUCUCCAAUACAUGCUUACCAAAAAGAUUUGCAAAUUGGUUGAAGCAGUGUUCAGCCACUAUUAACGAAACAAGUCAUAGCAAUACAAAUAUAUUCCUUGUGUCUUGUAACUUUAACUCUGGAAUGAAUAAAGUCAAUAUAUAAAGAAAA